AUGGUCCAAAGGGAUCCAGGCCAGUCCGCCACCCCACACGUGGCGAAGGCUGCGGCUGCCACGAAGGCAACGCUCAUGCUCCUGCUGACUAGGUCCGUAGCAGUACGAUCGUUCUCCACCAGCCCGGCAUCCUUCGUACCUAGCGCGGCGGCCGUUCGAUCCCCCCUUCGCCGUCUCUCGCCAUGGCCUGGCCUGCACACCCUAGACGGCGGCAGCACAGGCGCCGUUGCAACUGGCGCCGGUGCUACCGGGCAUAGACAGCCGAGACGAUGGAUCCGAGCGUCAGCAACGGCAGCGGCGGCGGAAGCGGACACAGCGAAGUCGGGAGGGGCGCUCCGACCGCCAUCGAUCGUUGAUGAUAAUGGCGACAUGGCGACACACUACGACUUCUUGUCGGUGGAGCGGAGCAUGUACGCGUGGUGGGAGGAGAAAGGCUACUUCAAGCCGGGCGGCGACCCGAAGAAGAAGUCGUACGUCGUACCCAUGCCGCCGCCGAACGUCACCGGGUACCUUCACAUGGGGCACGCCAUGGGUACUACGUUGCAGGACAUUUUGACGCGCUACCACCGCAUGCGGGGCGAGCCCACCCUGUUCCUCCCCGGGCAAGACCACGCGGGCAUCGCGACUCAGAUGCUGGUGGAGAGGGCCCUAGCCGCCGAGGGCAUCGACCGCAAGGAGAUCGGCCGAGAGGCCUUCCUGAAGAAGGUGUGGGAGUGGAAGGAGGACAAGGGGGGCUACAUCGUGCGGCAGAUGCGGCGGCUCGGGGCCUCUGCGGACUGGUCCCGGGAACGGUUCACGCUCGACCCGGAGAUGAGCGCGGCCGUGACGGAGGCGUUCGUUCGCCUUCACGAGAAGGGGUUGGUGUACCGAGGGGACUACAUGGUGAACUGGAGCCCGUCCCUCCAGACGGCGGUGAGCGAUUUGGAGGUGGAGUACUCCGAGGAGGACGGCAAGCUUUACUACUUCAAGUACAUGGUGGCCGGGGGCAAGGAAGGCGAGCACUUGUCGGUGGCCACGACGAGACCCGAGACUAUCCUCGGCGAUACCGCCGUUUGCGUCCACCCCGAGGACGAGCGGUUCAAGCACCUGGUGGGCGGGAAGGUGGUCGUCCCUCUCUCGGGCCGCGAGAUCCCCAUCAUCGCCGACGACUACGUGGACAUGGAGUUCGGGACGGGCGCGCUCAAGAUCACGCCAGGUCAUGACCCGAACGAUUACGAGAUCGGCAAGAGGCACUCGCUGCAGACGAUCAACCUCAUGGAGAAGGACGGCACCAUGGCGGAGACGGCGGGGGCGUACGCGGGGCAGGACAGGUUCGACUGCAGAAAUAACAUGUGGGCGGACAUGGAGGCCGCGGGGCUUGCGCUGAAGGCCGAGCCGUACCAGCAGCGGGUCCCCCGUUCUCAGCGGGGAGGCGAGGUGAUCGAGCCCCUGGUGUCUUCGCAGUGGUUCGUGAAGACGGAGGGGAUGGGGGCCAAGGCCCUGGCGGCCGUGCAGGAAAAGGACAUCCAGAUCCUCCCCGAGAGGUUUAACAAGGUCUGGCACAACUGGCUGGACGGCAUCCACGACUGGUGCGUGUCUCGGCAGCUGUGGUGGGGCCACCAGAUCCCGGUCUGGUACGCGUCUGGCCACGACGGUUACUUCGUCGCCAGAUCCGAGGAAGACGCUCGGAAGCAGGCGACCGAUGCCGGGGUCCCCACGGAUGUAUCCCUAGACCGAGACCCCGACGUGCUCGACACGUGGUUCAGCUCUGGGCUGUGGCCCUUCGCUUCGGUGGGCUGGCCCCAGGAGGAAGGCAAUGACGGGGGAGACCUCUCGAACUUUUAUCCCGCGGCGUGUCUGGAGACUGGAUACGACAUCAUCUUCUUCUGGGUGGCGAGGAUGGUGAUGAUGGGAAUCGAGCUCACCGGGAAGUCGCCGUUUGACACCAUUUACCUACACGGUCUGGUGAAGGACGGCAACGGCAUGAAGAUGAGCAAGACGAAGGGGAACGUGGUGGACCCUAUCGACACCAUGGACAGCUACGGGACGGACGCCCUUCGGUACACCCUGGUGACGGGGGUCACACCGGGGCAGGAUGUUCCUCUCUCCAUGGAGAGGGUCCAGACAAAUAUGUUCUUCGCGAACAAGCUGUGGAAUGCGGGUCGGUUCCUGUUGGGCAACCUCAAGGGCCUGGGAGAGGGGGAGAGGGAGGCGCUAGCGGUCACGGGACCCAUGACUGCCGAAGAGCUGGAAACACUGGCGCUCCCCGAGCGGUAUAUCGUGUCCAAGUGCCACCGUCUGGUGGAGGGCGUCACGACGGGUCUGCAGGGGUACGACAUGGGAGACGCGGGGAAGAACAUUUACGAGUUCCUGUGGGACGAGUACGCUGACUGGUACAUCGAGGCCAGCAAGACGAGGAUCGGCAGCUUCGCCGCCGGCGGCGACGGCGAGGAGGGCGAGGCGAGGGCGAGGAGCUCCCGGCGGACGCUCGUGUACGUGUUCGACACGUGCCUCCGGCUGCUGCACCCCUUCAUGCCCUUCAUCACCGAGGCGCUGUGGCAGCAGCUGCCGAGGACGGGGGAGGCGCUGAUGGUGGCCCCGUGGCCCAAGGUGGACGACGCGCCGCUCGCGGUGGACGAGUUGGCGAUCGGCAGGUUCGAGGCGGUUCAGUCGCUGGUGCGAAGUGUCCGUAACGCUAAGGCGGAGUAUAAGGUCGAGCCUGGCAAGAAGAUUCCCGCUGUUGUGCAGGUUUCGAACAAGGCCCUGCGAUCAGACGUGAUCAAGGAAGUGGCAGCGCUGUGCCUCCUUGGCCGGCUGGAUCCCGAGGGCCUCGAGGUGCAAGGGCUAGACGGACCGCCGGAGGGACAGAACGUCCACCUUGUCGUUCAGGACGGACUGGAAGUGUAUCUUCCGAUGGCGGGGCUCGUCGACAAGGACAAGGAGAGAGCCCGGCUGGAGAAGCAGGCGGGCAAGCUCACCAAGGAUAUGGAGGUCUUGGAGAAGCGGUUGUCGGGGUCGAACUUCGUAGAAAAGGCGCCGGCCAAGGUAGUGGAGGAAGUCAGGGCAAACCUACAGGCCCAGAAGGACCAGCUCAAGACAGUUCAGCAAGCCAUCGUCGAUCUCGACCUCUAGAUAUUUUAGCAAAUAGGAUGGAUGUUGAACGGAUGCUGUUCGUAUUUCGCUGAGCCCCCCCCCCCCGACCUACCGCUGCCGAUUGGAGUGCACGCGAGAGCGUGGUCGGUUUGCCGGCGGGCGAUCGCUGGUUUAGACCUAUGAUAGAGGAGUAGCGGAGAAUACAUGAUACGGAUUAUUUCGCCGGCGACACACCGAAAACAACGAUCCGCUCAACCUUGUGUUUCACCCCAAGGAAAUUCUUGCCAGUGCCACACUGCUAUCUUUACCCGUGAAGAGGAAUCACUACUCCGGGUGAGACGGGUCGAUGUUGUAUGAGUUGCAAGAGUAGUUGUUGGAGAGACGGGGAGGCUCCAUCUGUUGGUUUGUACUUACCUGUCAUAUUUUCACACUCUUUUCUUGGCAGCGCAUGUGUGACGGCAACAGCAGUUUGCCCGCCCUAUCAUUUUUUUGUUUCGAUCCCAUGGUACAAGUAGCAGCAGUGGUAAAGUGCAAGUGUUUUUUAGAGUUCGCUC